CUCAUUUUUAAAAAAAAUUUAUUCGCUACCUCAUUUUCAACACGCUUAUAUUUUUUAAAAAUACAUGUUUACAAUGAGUAAAAAGAUGCCAGCGCUCUUUGCAGGUAGACAUCUAACCAUGUUUUUUGAAGAAUUAGGUCACAGCUCAUAAGUUGUACGUGUAGUAGGGCACUGAGAAUCGCUAUAUAGGCCAGCAGAAAAGGAGACGUAUUUGCAUUCAGCCAUUUUGUUGUCGGCACUUUCCUGCAAAGCUACGGUAUACAUAGUGUACUUGCAAUUGAAGCAUGGACGAGUUACGUGCCCUGUACCCUGAAAUAGAACCUUUCCAGACCGGGAGACUGAAAGUUUCAGAUAUUCAUGAACUUUACUAUGAACAGUGCGGCCAGAAGGACGGGAAUCCUGUGUUAUUUCUUCACGGCGGCCCAGGAGAGAGUAUAUCCGCCAGACAUAGGAGGUUUUUUGACCCUGAAGUCUACAGGAUAGUCUUGUUUGACCAGAGGGGAGCCGGGAAGUCGACUCCUCCGGGGGAAUUAAAGGACAACACCACAUGGGCACUAGUGGAGGAUAUUGAAACUCUGCGGAAACACCUGAACAUUGAUCAGUGGGUGGUAUUCGGAGGCAGCUGGGGCUGUGCUCUCUCCCUGGCUUACGCCGAGACACACCCAGACAGGGUGAAGGCACUGGUGCUGAGGGGGAUCUACACUUUUAGGAGAAAAGAAAUCCAAUUCAUGUAUCAGACAGGUGCGAAAUUCGUUUUUCCAGAAGAAUAUGAGAGAUUUCUUAAGCCGAUUCCAGAGGUGGAACAAGGAGAUCUUAUCAGUGCCUACUACAGAAGACUGACAGGUGAGGACGAGGAAGAGAGUUUGCGGUGUGGCCAGGCCUGGUGCAGGUGGGAAACGGCCAUUUCUGAUCUUUACACACCGCAAGAAGUUCUGGAUAGAGAGGAGGAUCCAAAAGGCCUCCUGCAGUACGCACUGAUUGAAAGCCAUUACCUUGUGAACGGUGCGUUUUUGAAGACCGAGACUCAGCUCUUGGACGACGUUGAGAAGAUUCGUCAUAUUCCCUGCACCAUAGUCCAGGGUAGAUACGACAUGUGUUGUCCCGUGCGCACUGCCUGGGAUCUACACCUUAGAUUUCCAGAGGCCGAAUUUCAUAUUGUACCAGAUGGAGGUCAUUCUGAGUAUCCCCCCAAGAUGGCGUCACUUCUCGUCCAGGCAUGUGAUAAAUACAAGAGUCUUUAACCAGGAAAAUGGUGACACUGACAGUCACGUGAAAUAUUCUGUAAUCAAGGUCGAUGACUUGUAGCCGUAUUGAACAUAUAAUCAGCCUUUCAGACACUUACUCAGUCAGUUUCAGCACUGUUGAGUGACGGUUCAACAAAUACCUCUCUUUUACAAUUAAAAGAAUCUAUUUUUACACGAAAAAUCGCAUGCAGUUGUAAAGCUGAGAAUCAGGCGUACGCAUGACCAGUAGU